AUGAAGUUCGCGAAAGAGCUCAACGAUGAACUGGUUCCCGAAUGGCGCGCCAAAUAUAUGAAUUAUAAGCUCGGGAAGAAGAAAAUCAAAGCCAUCCAAAAAGCACUUCAGAAAGCAAAUCGGACGCCAAUCCGCCGCCAGGAAACCUUUCAGUAUACCCCUUCUCAGCAGCUACCUCCCAAUACAUCAACAUCCGCUGCACAGUUGCCCUUGGAUUACAAUGGAUCGCCUUCACGUAAAGAUGCCGUCCGUGUUUCCGAGCAGCGCCCGCUCAGGACCCCCGGGUCACGCUUUUCAAAUACGGUAGGAAGCUACGGUAGCAUAACCACUGAGCCUGGUCACAAGGAUUCCACGCAUUUGCCAAAUCUUGAGCUACCGUCUCCUGCAAUUUCUCCCCUGGUCCAGUACGAUAGCUCGGGGAAGAAAAACAAGGAACAACAGGUUUCGCCGGCACUUAAUGGAUCAGCUUCCCCUAUGCUCCAACGGCCACCUGGUCGUCCUCAGCGAAUAGCUUCGUCGCCAGUGCUUACCAAGGGUGGACAGCCAGCUUCUGGGAGGAUUGAUGCAGCCGGCGAUGGAUACUUGAAGACGACGAAUUUUCUCAAAAGAGUAUUCACGAAUAGUGAAAUGGACUCACCAGGCAAAAGCUUCCAAGCCACUAUCUCUAGUGAGGUCGCGAAGAAGGAAGACGAGUUCUUUGAUUUUUUAGACUCUGAAUUGGACAAGAUCGAGGCGUUCUACAAGCAGAAGGAGCUAGAAGCAUCAGAGCGUCUUCAGGCACUUCGUCAACAGUUACACAUGAUGAAAGAUCAGAGAACGGCAGAAAUGCGUAAUGCAGAGCGGAUGGGGUCUACAGACACGAAAGGAAAUCAGCACGGGAACUAUCUUAGUGUGAUUCCCCGAACAAAAUGGACACAGGCCAUUGUCGGGAAACAUCACUUCGGGAAGAAUUCUCGCGCUCUGGCAAAUAUGCAAACACCGCAGGCACCAGCCGCGAUGGACGGGGAACUCGUAGCUAAUCGGCGGGACUUUGUUCGCCGACCAGAAUCCAUUCAUGUGCCCUAUCGAACUGCAAAACGGAAACUCAAGCUAGCUCUGCAGGAAUACUACCGUGGUCUGGAACUGCUGAAGGCAUACGCAUACCUCAACCGCAAGGCUUUCCGUAAGAUCAAUAAGAAGUUUGACAAGACUGUCGACGUGCGGCCUACUCUACGGUACAUGUCCGAGAAAGUCAACAAAGCAUAUUUUGUGCAAAGCGAGGUUCUUGAAGGGCACAUGAUGGUGGUUGAGGACCUUUAUUCUCGCUACUUCGAGAGGGGGAAUCGUAAGAUUGCCGUUACCAAACUUCGCGGAAAGCAACGAUCCGAUGACUAUUCGCCAAGUACUUUCCGAACAGGUUUGCUUCUUGCUGCUGGAAUCGUCAGUUGUAUCCAGGGCCUAAAACUAGCCGUUGGACUUCUGGAAGAUGCAGACAGUGUAGUGAAAGUGCAGGCUUCUUAUCUACUCCAGAUUUACGCAGGAUAUUUCUUAGUUGUUUUUCACUGCAUUUUAUUCUGUCUGGACUGUAUGAUUUGGACCAGAGCAAAAAUAAACUAUGCUUUCGUCUUUGAAUAUGAUACUCGCCACACCCUCGAUUGGCGGCAAUUGACAGAGAUACCCUCUGUCUUCUUUAUGCUUCUAGGACUCUUCAUGUGGAUCAACUUUUCAUAUGUUGACUCCAUGUUUCUAUACUACCCCGUGUUAUUAAUGUUUAUUAGUGUGGUGAUUCUUUUCCUUCCACUCAAGUGGCGCCUCUUACUUGCCGGUUUAUACCCCGUGGAAUUUCGAGAUUUCUUUCUCGGGGAUAUGUACUGUUCCCAGACGUACUCUAUGGGAAAUAUUGAACUGUUCUUUUGUCUCUAUGCCAAUUAUUGGAAUAAUCCUACGACUUGCAACUCUGGCAAUUCCAGACUACUGGGGUUUUUCACGACUUUACCAUCGAUCUGGCGUGGCCUGCAGUGCCUUCGUCGAUAUCGCGACACUCAAAACGCUUUUCCUCAUCUGGUCAAUUUUGGAAAAUACACCUGCGGCAUUUUGUAUUACAUGACACUGAGCUUCUAUCGUAUCGAUCGACAUACCCACUAUCAAGUAGUGUUCAUCAUCUUCGCUUUUAUCAACGCAGUAUAUUGCUCAAUCUGGGAUGUGGCUAUGGAUUGGAGUUUGGGCAAUUUCUAUGCGCCGCAUAAAUUCUUACGUGACGUCUUGGCUUUUCGCAAUGCUUGGUAUUACUACGUGGCCAUCGUGAUUGACGUGGUUAUCCGUUUCAAUUGGAUAUUUUAUGCAAUUUUCACCCACGAUAUCCAGCAUUCGGCUUUUCUCAGCUUUGCAGUCAGUCUCACGGAGAUUUUCAGAAGAGGAGUUUGGACAAUUUUCCGGGUAGAGAAUGAACAUUGCACAAAUGUCAACCUGUUUCGCGCUCUGCGGGACAUUCCUCUGCCGUAUCAGUUGGAGGAGAGUACAUUGGUGGAAGAUAUCGGCGAUCACCCGUCGCCCGAACAGAGACCGGAAAGAGACGUGGAGAGAGAACGGGAGGGAAUUUACAGAGGGGAUGGCCCGAACGAUCCCACUCCGUUUCGGCCUUCCUCAGCUGGGAUUGACGUCGAUAUUGAGUCCGCGAUGCUGGCUGGAAAGACACCGACACUACGUGCUCGCCGUCCAGGCGUAAGCGAGACAAUAUCUCGGUUUGGAACGUUGGUGGCUACAGCGCAUUCUCAUGACUUUCAGCGCAGACGCCGUGUGGAUCCUCUGUCUGGGGAGGCCACCAGUUCUGCAUUGCAAUACAUGGAUGACGAUGACUCGACAGAUGAGGAAGACGAAAACGAUGCGAAGCCCUCAUCUCGCAAUACGGAAAUGUUCUCGGACUCCCAGCUGCCCGAUCACAACUCGAAUCUAGACAACAGCCACAAUAGGGACAAAUGA